AUGCCAAGUGAAGCGCUUAAAUUAACAAGUGUUUUUGAACGCACUAAAAUUUUCGACGCACCAUUUGCUCAUAUUUGUAUGAACAACAAAGUGGAUGAGUUCUGUUCGAACUGUCUUCGGAUUCCCGAGUCAAGAAAACUGCUCAAAUGUGCCAACUGUGAAUUUGCUCGUUACUGCAACAAGGAAUGUCAAAGGAGUGCAUGGAAACACCAUCGAAAUGAGUGUCGUCGUUUGAAAGCGGUCUUUCCCAAUUUACCUCUUACCGAAGUACUUUUCAUAAGUCGCGUGGUCGAUCGUGUUCUGUUUUUGGAAACGAACGGCGAUAAAUAUGGUUGGGAACGCGACCGAAAGUGGGUAGAUUUGAUGGGACAUGAAGAAGAUGUCAAAAAUGAUGAACACUUCGAGAAGAUCUUCAAUAAAACGUCAACUUUUCGAAAAGAAGAAAUGCUGGAAAAGGAUAAAUUCUUUACCAUUUUCUGCAAAGUAGCAAUUAAUUCGCAUUCAAUUCACACAAGUGCAGGUACUGAAGUUGGUAUGGCUCUUGACCUUGGUGUUUCGGCUUACGACCAUUCGUGCAGACCGAAUUGUUCGUUGGUAUUCGAUGGAUAUCAAGCUUGUUUGAGACCAUUAACACCUGUGGUGGACACAUCUAAUCCAAGAACAUCGUUCAUUAGUUAUGUUGAUGUUGGUCGUUCUCGUUAUCAACGACGAAAAGAACUUAAAACAAAAUGGUAUUUUGAAUGUGAAUGCGAACGAUGCACUGAUCCAUCAGAUAACAUUUUAACAUCAAUACGCUGCACGAAUGCGGCAUGUGAUGAGCCAUUAAUAACAACUGAAGAUGCUGAACCUUCAGCAAUCAAAUGUGCAAAAUGUGGUCAAAUUACUGAUGAAGAACAUGUGCGUGAAGCACAACAAAUGAUGCUCAACCUUCCGCCUAAAUUUGCUCCUGAUUCCGACCCAAACGAGCUUCAAGAACUGCUCGAUAAAGCUUCGGGCAUACUUCAUUCUAAGAACAUCUAUGUAACACGAUUACAAACAGCAAUCAUGCAUAUAACAGGAACGCUGAAAAAUAAUUUGCCUUUCAUUCAAAAACAAGUCUACGAGAACUACAAAAUGCAAGUGUGUUUUCCUCACGCGGAUCGUCAUAUCGGCUAUCAACUGCUACAACUUGUGAAAGCUUAUAUUGAGAAAGGUCAACGUAGUGAGGCAGCACCAUAUGCGUUUGAGGCGAUGAAUAUUUUCGAAGUUUGUUUCGGUCUUCAACAUCCGUAUUAUUUACAAACACUCGCUUUGUGGACUUUCUUGGAUACGAAAGCUCCUAAGAGCGAUGAAGAACUGCUGUCAUUAAUUCACUUCCAUUCGAAUCGCUCAAUCGACCUCAGCAAUGUUCUAUCCGAUGUUACACAGAAACUGAUCGGUUGA